GCGGCACGAGGCUGCUGCUUCUGCGCAGGCGCGGACGGCAGCGGUCCGUUUCAGAGGCCUGAGGCCCGAGGGUCCAUUGCCCUGGAAGACGGUCUGGUCAGCAGAAGCAUCGCUCGACCUCCCUCGGGUCCCCAAGCCCUCCUCGAAUCCACCAGCCCAUCCUCUCAAAGUUUCUUUUUGGCCUUGUCGCCCACCUCCAGCUUUAAGAGGCGGUAAGCGCACGCGUACCGAAGCCAUCCCACCCCGGACCCGCAGCUUGACACUCUCCGGCCUCCGUACCGCAGCAGCGUCUCCAUGGCGACCGCACUUUGUGGUACAGUGUGAGGAGCAAAGAAUUUAGCCAGUACCUUCUUAUGUUCCAGUAUUUACAAGUUUAAAAGCUAAAUUCAUGGUGACUCCAUACCAAGAAGGAUGAGCAGUGGCCACUGGAGGGCAUCAGAUGGAGGACACCAGCCCCCAAGCAGUGGCCGAGAAGGCUGCUAAAGAUCCCAAGGAUGCUGCCGUUGCCACCACCAAGAACUUGCCUGAUCCCUUUUCCAGAGAUGAUGAGCAAAUGGAUUUUGAAGGGGCCAUCUUUUCUGCCUCACCAGUUUUAGACCUGAGUCAAAGAGGCCUGUGCCAUUUGGGAAAGUUCUUUAGAAUUCCCAACCUUCAACAAUUGUACCUGCAGAGGAAUGUGCUUAGCGAGAUUCCGAAGGAUUUCUUCCAGCUGCUGCCCAACCUGACAUGGCUGGACCUCCGUUACAACAAGAUCAGGGUUCUUCCGUCUGGGAUUGGCUCUCACAAACAUUUGAAAACUUUGCUUUUAGAAAGAAAUCCUAUCAAAAUGUUACCGGUUGAGCUAGGGCAGGUCACUACACUGACGGCAUUGAACCUGAGACACUGCCCUCUGGAAUUCCCUCCUUACCUGAUUGUGCAGAAAGGCUUGGUAUCCAUCCUCACCUUCCUACGCAUCUGCUCAGUGGAGAACACCUUCCCUAGAGAUAAGUCCCUUCCAGAAGUCUCAGCGCCCAAGAUGGGCAGCAAUGACCUUCAGCAGUACCCUGUGCUCCCUUCACCCCGUAAAGGCUCUCCCAGUGAGAACGACCUUAAUGUCCCGGACCAGGAGAAGGAGAAGGCUGACUUCUUCCCACCUAUGGACAGGUCAGACCUGAGUGAGCUCCGAAAAUCCAGUGCCUCCUCCGAGAUCUGGCCCAGUAAGGAGGAGAUUAGGCGCUUCUGGAAGCUGAGGCAGGAGAUUGUGGAGAAUGAGAAGGUGGAGAUUCAAGAGAAGAAGCUCUUGGCUGUUGAGCUGCCACCAAAUCUCAAGGCGGCGCUAAAUGCCAAGGAGAGAAAGCGCAGGAAGCCAUGGCCUGCAGUCAGAAAGAGAUCUACCUCCUUCAAAGGCAUCUUGCCCAACCUCUCUUCAACAUACCAAAAGACAGUUCAUACAAAAAGGAUGGAAGACACUCACAGGGCAGCUGUUCAGGAGCUCCAAGAGCAAAAGACUACGCUGGAGCAGCGGAGGAGAGACAAGAGAGCUCUGCAGGAGUGGAGAGAGCAGACCCAGCUGAUGAGGCACAGGAGGGACCUCAGUAAAUUCCAACCUCCACAUAGGAACAUGAUGGCAUCGAAGAUUCCCUUUGCCACAGAUCUGACAGACUAUGAGAAAAUGACAGUGAGUCCAUGUGGGAAAGUGAAGCUCAGCAGAGAGGGGACAGUCCAGAGGUCUAUAGAAAUAAGUGCCUCACCGUUAGCAGAGUUGGAGGACAAGAUAAGGCGGCACACACAGCAGAUCCGUGCUCGCAGUUUCCUGGGUACAAACCCAAUGCAGGACAUUAAGACAGCCAACCAAGACCUGGAAACUACUAAGAAAUUUCAGGAGGAGUUACGGAAACUGAAACUGGAGAUGACCUUGAACAAAGACCAUCCAUUUCCAUCUUUCACUGGAAAGCUUUCACUUCACCCACCAGCAUCACAGCCUCAAAAUAUAUUUUUUAACACAAAAUACUAGGAAAGUGGUGUUGUCAGCAGGGAUGACAAGUACCUCCCACAGUAAGGAGCUGCUGUCCCCUGUGUGGUGUGGGGACUCGCCCGGAUGGCGACUAGUGGGUCUUCAGCUGCUCUACAGGCUGUGGCUUUUAAUAGACCUGAUUCCUUUCUGGGGCUAUAGAAGAUUUAGCUGCAUUAAAAGGAAGAAUGCUGUAAGCAAG